GGGGCUGGGAACCCAGCAAAUGCUGCAGUAAGGGAGGGGGAGCUAUAAGAGACAGUGCUCCAACUGUUGAAUUUUCGCAAAUCUCCACUUACCUACGGACGGCUUAUACUGUGGAUCUGUUAUCUCUGAAAUCGACAUCGCUUUUGCAUGUGGUCUAGUUAACGCUGGCUAAUGCCUGUUUGAAAGGUGCUACCCAUCAAUGAGACCGAGAGAAGAAUUUUUAAAAAUCCCUCUACAACAGACUGCAGAAUUAACUAUGUACAGUGGCUCCGGACUCAAAUAAAGGAGGAAAAAACAACACAGAACUGAGACUUGGAACUAGAACUGUGAGCAUUUCAAUGGGAACCUGUGCUUUCCCCCCCCGUUAAUGUGCAAGAUCUCUGGGUGUUCACACAUAACUCUGAGGAAAGGUGGCUAAAACACUCAGCAAAGCAGGAGACAGACGCGCCUCUGUGCCCGUGAGUGGAUAACAGCCUUGUUUUCCUGAUCCCCAGUCUCCCGGAGAAAGAGGUAUAGUAAAAGUGCAGCUGGAUCCGACACCCUCCUCUUUCUUCCCCUCUCUCUUUUUUUCCUCCAAAACAUGAAUCUGAUUUUUCUGUCUACAGCGUGAGUCAGAAAAGCGUUAGGAAGAAGCUGCAACUAAUGUCUGUGAAGGGAGGAACAUGAGGCGAUAGAGAAUGUGAUUUGUUCCGCUGGAUCUGACUCAUCCAGCAGAUUGAAACACCUGCAUUUCUGGAUGUGUCAAUCAUUUCUUUUCGGCUGUUAAAAGUACCUGAAAUAAAAAUUAACCCCCUUCUCUCCCCCUCGAUAUAUACCUAUACAUACUAUCACUGGGGAGGUAAAUCAUCCCGGGUGAACGCAUCUGGCAUUGCAGCCGCUCUUUCCCCAUACACCAAGAUGCCCAGAAAGACUAUUACAGCUUGAAAAGACUGCAAAAUGCAUCACACCAAACACUGAAUUGUAUUUGUUUUAUUCUAAAAGAAUUGUCGAUCAAAAUAUUUGCCUCUUUUUAUUCAUCGCCAAGAUUCCCCCUCCCCUAAAUGAAGAGGACUAGGAGGCAGUGUCAUUGGAAGGAGAUGCUGAAUAGAAAGAAAAGAGAGGCACUUGACAGCUCAGCCUUGUGAAUGCAGAGACUGUUUCCCUUUUAGCGAGAGAGUGUGUGUGGUGGGUUGCUUUUUUCCCCCCCUCCCUCGCUCUCUCUCUCUUUUUUUUUAAUCUGUGCGUCCAGCCAUGGAUUGCCUGUUGAUUUCCUCUCGACUAGAAAGAAAAGCAAACUGGAAUUAAACUGCAUCGAGAAAAGUGCUGCUCCACAGACACACACACACACUCACAGUGUGUGAGAGAGGAUGUGGUGGUGGCGGCGGCUACUGGCCUGUCUUAAAGAAACCCAAGUGUGCAUUUGAUUGAGCACAGCCUGUGAUUUUUUUUUUAACACACAUCUAUCGCUAGUGAUGACGAGCAGCUGGUGGGUUUCUUAAUCCCCCACCCCACCCCCCAAAAAAGGAAGAGAGGGAGGCUGGUGGCGCGGGGAGAGAAAGGAAACUACAAAUCCGGACACUAGUUUUCACACUGCAAUUUCCCUCCCUCUUUUUGUUGUUCGGAAAGGAAAGAGUGAGCGUGGCGGAGCCGGCGAGGGGGAAAUACCGAUGGCAGCGAGAUGCAGUUCGCCGCCGCAAGCAAUGCAAGAUUAGAUCUCUAAAUGCAGCAAAACACUCCCUGAAAACCAACAACCCCGCGGUGCAAUCAGACAUUUCACUGCCUCUCACUGCACACGGAGCGGGCUUCUACACAGGCGAGAGACUCUUUUUACCCCCCUCCCCCGCUGUCUCCCCCUCCUACCCACCCUCCACUCCAUCAGUCGCAUCACAAGCACUGAGUAGCAAAUAAGCGUUUUCUGUUUACGGUCCUGCUUCCCAACAGCCAGCUCCCUUUUCUAUAUAUUUUUUUAAAUUCCUUGGACUGAUCUGGAAAACCACCACCACCACCACCACCACCACCGAUCAUUUUUUAUAUUCUUUGUAAAUCGGCGAAUAUUAAAGAAAAAAAUUAAACAACCCAUCCGUCUAAAGAAGAAGAUAUAUUUUUAUUCUCCUCCUCUUCCUCCAGCUGAAGUUGGACAGCCUAAGUAACUGUGCGGGGAUUGUGUGGCCGCAGAAGCGCUGGAUUUGAGGCGGCUUUUCUCUCGCUCUCUCGCCCCUCCCUGCGAGCUACAUGCUCCAUUUGCUGCCCCGCAACCUGUGUCUCUGCAGAUGUUUUAGAGCAACAGGUUCAGCAACUUAAAACACAGGGGUAGGCAGCGGGAACAGAAGAAGGGAGAGGGAAUAAGGCAGCGGAGGAGGAAGAGGGGGCAGGGGCCACCCUGGUGCUGCAGCAGCUGCCACCACCCCCUGGCUUGGGGAUGUACCUUUCCAUUUGUUGCUUUUUCUUCUGCUGGGCUCCUGCCCUGACUCUGAAGAACCUGAAUUACUCGGUGCCGGAGGAGCAGGGGGCGGGCACGGUGAUCGGGAACAUCGGCAGGGAUGCCCGGCUGCAAGCGGGGGCGGGCGGGCAGCCGCCGCCGGCGGAGCGGGGAGGCGGCCGGGGGACCAAAUCGACUUUCCGGGUGCUGGAGAACUCGGCGCCGCACCUGCUGGACGUGGACGGCGAGAGCGGGCUGCUCUACACCAAGCAGCGCAUCGACCGCGAGGCGCUGUGCCGGCGCAGCGCCAAGUGCCAGCUCUCGCUCGAGGUCUUCGCCAACGACCAGGAGAUCUGCAUGAUCAAGGUGGAGAUCCAGGACCUGAACGACAACGCGCCCGCCUUCCCCUCCGACCAGGUGGACAUGGACAUCUCGGAGAACGCGGCGCCGGGCACCCGCUUCCCCCUCACCAGCGCCCACGACCCGGACGCCGGCGACAACGGGCUGCGCACUUACCUGCUCACCCGCGACGACUACGGCCUCUUCUCGCUCGACGUCAAGUCGCGGGGCGACGGCACCAAGUUCCCGGAGCUGGUGAUCCAGAAGCCGCUGGACCGCGAGGAGCAGAGCCACCACACGCUGGUGCUGACGGCGCUGGACGGCGGCGACCCGCCCCGCUCGGGCACGGUGCAGCUCAACGUGCGCCUCAUCGACUCCAACGACAACAGCCCCGUCUUCGAGGCGGCCUCGUACGUGGUGGAGCUGCCGGAGAACGCGCCGCUGGGCACCGCCGUCAUCGACCUCAACGCCACCGACGCGGACGAGGGCACCAACGGCGAGGUGCUGUACUCCUUCAGCGGCUACGCGCCCGAGCGCGUCCGCGACCUCUUCAGCAUCGACCCGCAGAGCGGCCUCAUCCGCGUCAAGAGCAACCUGGACUACGAGGAGAGCGGCCUCAUCGAGAUCGACGUGCAGGCCCGCGACCUGGGGCCCAACCCCAUCCCCGCCCACUGCAAGGUGACCGUGCGCCUCAUCGACCGCAACGACAACGCGCCCGCCAUCGGCUUCGUCUCCGUCCGCCAGGGGGCGCUCAGCGAGGCCGCCCCGCCGGGCACCGUCAUCGCCCUGGUGCGGGUCACCGACCGCGACUCCGGCAAGAACGGGCAGUUGCAGUGCCGGGUGCUGGGCGGCGGCGGGGCGGGCGCGGUGCCCUUCGCCCUGGAGGAGAACUACGACAACUUCUACACGGUGGUGACCGACCGGCCGCUGGACCGCGAGGCGCAGGACGAGUACAACGUGACCAUCCUGGCCCGGGACGGGGGCAGCCCCCCGCUCAACUCCACCAAGUCCUUCUCCGUGCGGAUCCUGGACGAGAACGACAACCCGCCCCGCUUCAGCAAGAGCCUCUACGUGCUGCAGGUGCCUGAGAACAACAUCCCUGGCGAGUACCUAGGCUCCGUGCUGGCCCAGGACCCAGACCUGGGCCAGAAUGGGACUGUGUCCUACUCCAUCCUGCCCGGGCACGUGGGCGACGUCUCCAUCUACACCUACGUCUCCGUCAACCCCACCAAUGGCGCCAUCUACGCCUUGCGGAGCUUCAACUAUGAGCAAACCAAGCACUUUGAGUUCCGCGUGCUGGCCAAGGACUCGGGCUCACCCCACCGCGAGAGCAAUGCCACUGUGCGUGUCACCGUGCUCGACGUCAACGACAACGCACCUCUCAUUGUUCUGCCUGCCCUCAUCAAUGACACUGCGGAGCUCCAGGUGCCACGCAACGCUGGUGUGGGCUACCCCGUGGGCACCGUGCAUGCCCUGGACAGUGAUUUUGGGGAGAGCGGACGCCUCACGUACGAGAUCGUCGAAGGCAAUGAGGAGCACCUCUUUGAGAUGGACCCCACCAGUGGCGAGAUACGCACUUUGCACCCAUACUGGGAAGAACUCAGUCCCGUGGCUGAAUUGGUGGUCAAGGUCAGUGACCACGGCAAGCCCAGCCUCUCAGCCGUGGCCAAACUGAUUGUCAGGGCCUUGGCAGGACCAUUGCCCGAAGCCGGCGAGCCGCAGGUGAAUGGUGAGCAGCAUCGGCGACCACACUGGGACCUGUCACUGCCCUUGAUUGUGACCUUGAGUACAGUCUCCAUCAUCCUACUAGCUGCCAUGAUCACCAUUGCCGUGAAGUGCAAGCGGGAGAACAAGGAGAUUCGCACCUACAAUUGCCGCAUCGCAGAGUACAGCCAUCCCCAGCUGGGAGGAGGGGGCAGCAGCAGCGGGGGAGGAGGAGGAGGUGGCGGUGGCGGAGGCAAGGGCAAGAAGAAGAAGAUCAGCAAGAAUGACAUAAUGCUGGUGCCCAGUGAGGGCGAGGACAGCAGGGGCCCCCUCAAUGUCAUGAACGUAGUGAGCAGCCCAUCCUUGGCCACCUCACCCAUGUACUUUGACUACCAGACCCGUCUGCCCCUCAGCUCACCCAGGUCCGAGGUGAUGUAUCUGAAACCCGCCUCCAACAACCUGACUGUUCCCCAGGGACAUGUGGGCUGCCACACCAGCUUCACAGGGCAAGGGACUAACGCCAGCGAGGCUCCCCCGAGCCGGAUGUCCAUUAUUCAGACAGACAAUUUUCCCGCAGAGCCCAAUUACAUGGGCAGCAGGCAGCAGUUUGUUCAAAGUAGCUCCACGUUCAAGGACCCAGAAAGAGCCAGCUUGAGGGACAGCGGGCAUGGGGACAGUGAUCAGGCUGACAGUGACCAAGACACUAACAAAGGCUCCUGCUGUGACAUGUCUGUUAGGGAGGCACUCAAGAUGAAAACUACUUCAACUAAAAGCCAGCCACUUGAGCAAGCAUUCCCGACUUUGCUUUCCUUUGCUAUCCUCACCCUACACACCAUCACAAGUAGACUUCAGUCUGUUGAUCUGCUUCUGCCAGAACAGCAAGGCAGAGGCCAAAGACCCAUUGUUGGGAUCUGUGGACCAGCCCGCUGUGAGGAAGGAAAAUUUUCAGAACAAGAAGAGUGUGUUAAUUGCACAGAUGAAUGCAGAGUGCUCGGUCAUUCUGACAGGUGUUGGAUGCCACAGUUCCCUACAACCAAUCAGGCUGAAAAUGCAGAUUAUCGCACAAAUCUCUUUGUACCCACAGUUGAAGCUAACGUUGAGACUGAGACUUAUGAAACUGUGAAUCCCACUGGGAAAAAGACUUUUUGUACAUUUGGGAAAGACAAGCGAGAGCACACUAUUCUCAUUGCCAAUGUUAAACCUUAUUUAAAAGCCAAACGUGCCCUGAGUCCUCUUCUUCAGGAGGUUCCCUCAGCAUCGAGCAGCCCAACCAAGACAUGCAUUGAGCCUUGCACCUCAACAAAAGGACCACUGGAUGGUUGUGAAGUGAAAUCAGGAGCCUUGGCUGAACCAAGCAGCCAGUACUUGUCAACUGACAGUCAGUAUCUAUCACCUAGUAAACAGUCAAGAGACGCUCCAUUCAUUGCAUCAGAUCAGAUGGCUAGGGUCUUUGCAGAUGUACAUUCCCGAGUGAGCCGAGACUCAAGUGAGAUGGACUCUGUUCUGGAGCAGUUAGACCGUUCAAAUCGGGAUCUAGGGAGAGAGUCAGUGGACGCAGAGGAAGUUGUGAGAGAAAUUGACAAGCUUUUACAGGACUGUCGUGGAAGUGACCCUGUAGCUGUGAGGAAGUGAAAAAAAAAAAAGUGUAGGCUGGCACUUACUUGCCUCUUCUGCUUAUUUGGAAAAAAAUAAAAGAUCGCCCCUGGUUAUAACAGUUUUACAGGGAUGAAGGAAGACCAAUGCUGCUUUAAGGCUUUUAGUGAACGUCUGAAGUGCCCACAAGUAUGUUCUUUUCACUGCUCUUUCUUUUUCACAUAAAAUACUGGUUUCAUUUUGACCAAACUUUCAUUAGGACAGUGUGAAGUACAUUAAGAACCAAGAGAAAGAAGGAAAGACAGUGCCAUUUUGACAAUCUGAUAGGAAGGUAUGAGAAAUGAGGAAUAGAACUACGUCUGAUAUUUUAAGACUGUCCUCAAUAGUUGAUGCUGACUUUACUGUUUACCUAUAAACCCCAUGAAAAGCAGGGUUGAAUCAUUCUGAUCUGUGGUGGAUUUCCAGCAGUCACCACAGGCUUCUACUGAAAGUCCUAACAAAGAUUUUGUAGUAGUCCAAGCUACACCAAACAUUAACAUUCAUUUGUGGUAAACGUUUCUGUAUAAAGUUAACUGCCACAAAAAAUGAAACAAAAACACAAACAAAAAUCAUUCCAGAUCAUUAUUCAAAAAACAUAUUCUGGUCAUUAGUAACACAACUCAUAUCAUGUUAAAGUUAAAUGUAAAAUGAUAUAGUCCAUUUUGUCCUGCACACACAUAAGCUAAUUCACUUGAUAAAAAGAAAAAAAAGGUUUUAAUACCUAUUUAGCAUUUUAGUGUCCGACAAAAAUAUAAAUAGUUAGCACUAAGUUAGAAACAAACCUGAGGUAUAAUACGAGUUCGCAAAAAUAGUUACCUUUGAAGGGUAAUACAUGAAACAAAAUAACAUUAUUAACACUUUUUUAUUAAUUUGUGGACACUAAAAUAGCUCAGGAAAGUGAAAAUGUCUUAGACAUCUACACAAAUUACAUGACCAUUUAAAUGUGCAAAUGUAAGAAGAUUCAAUGUGUUUACAUCAAAUGACAUAUUUUUAUUGAUUUAUUGCAGAUUCAGUGCAUAUGAGCCAAAUUGUUGAGUGUAUAAGAGCUAUAUUGUGUAUUUUAUUAAAUUAAUAUAUAGUUGUGUUGCAAAAAUAUUUGGGCUUAUAUUGUAAAUGGCAAGUGUUGCCUCAGUAGCUGUCGAACUCUAUGAGUUUUGUUUUCUCCUGCUUCCUUUUCCCCAUGGAGUGUGGGAAGCACUGCCUCAGAGCAAAGUCUCUUGUUUAAUGUAUGGUCUACAAAGUACUUCAGUACAUAAUCUGUUCAGAAUGUGUUUGAGUGAGCUGAUGGAGCUAACUGAACAGCCUACAAAUACAACUAUCAGUCAUGGUUGUGUGCAAGUCCUUCUAUUGCAAACCCAUGUUUAAUAACAAAAAUUACACUUGAACCAACACCUGAAACCUCCUUGUUUUUUUCAAAGCACAUAUGCAAACAGUCUGUUUAGGUAACACAUUCUUGGUUGAAAUCACAACUGAUCCUAAUAUUUAAUGUUUUAUGCUACUGUUAAGUUCAUAGAGUAUAAAAAUGUGUCAGAGCCUGUGUGGUACAAGCGCUGUUUUUUCUGGUUUCUUGGAAAGUGCUAUGGUUUACAAAGGUUCUGGGUGCGGGCUGCUUAUUUUGUAUUUGUUUUUUUUAAACUAUUAUUUUAAGUUGCGUUGUUAUCGUCUUGUUGGAAUAAUUUGCAAGAGAAUCUCUCUCUCUCUCCCCCGCUCCAACCCCCAUCCCCCUAUUUAACUUCAACCCUUCUUUACGGUGUUUGGCAAACUUCAAAAUUGCUUCUAGAUGAAAGUUGAAAAAAAUACACAUUUAAAUAUUUGCUUAAAAUGAAACUCGCACAAGCACAAGAAGCAGCAGAGGAAAAGUUUAGACUAACAUUUUCCUCUGGGUAUUUUAAAUAUUCUCUAUGACAUAGCACCAUGAAACACAGUUAUAGAAAACUGUGGAUCUGGAUUACACUAAAUUUAAACGGUCAUAUCUUUAAAUGUAUUUAAAAGAGUGAAUUCAGUUCAGGUUGGCCAUUUCAGAUCCCACAUGGCCAUACUUAAAUAAUAUUCAUCAGUUCAAGAAACAAAGUUGACCAACACCUGGCUGUGAUGUUGUGUAUUCCGUGAAAAAGGUGUUCUCAUCUAGUCAGUCCUACAAUGAAUUGUCUUUGGUUCUUGAAAACCAGCCAUUCCAAAAGUUUGCUCUCAGCUUCCAUUGUACAGAAAGUCUACAAUCAUAUGUAAACAAAGGAUAUUGUACAUGUUUUAUCAAGCUACUCUCCAUAUUUUGGACAAUUUGUGUAUCUAAAAUGUGUUGUUGUCUGUGUUCUACAGUAUUAUUUUGCCAGGAGAUUCAAAGUUGAUUUUGCUUGAUAGCUAAAAUUCCAGAGAGGAUCCCUUUUUAUUUUGUCUGUCUUUUACCCUUAUUUCCAUGGUGCCCAUCACUUUAGUUUAUGAGCACCAAGGUUUUAGUUCAGCCAGUGAAAUCCAUUAUUCAGCUAAACCUAAAUCAGUAUGUAAAUGUAGUCAAGUGACGGAGGCUUCUGUAUUUUAUAAACAAUUUUAACACUCAGAAACCAAUUGUACAAUUCAUUGUAUGUGUCUGAAGACAUAAAAACACAACAUUCUGAGAAAGGGCUGUGCCAGUGUAAAAGAAAUUUACCUUAAGGCUCUCUGUCACUAGUGAUUUACUAGCUUGAGCUGUUUAACACAUUAUCUGUAUUUAGUAGUGAUUAUUUAUUUACCAGUCUGAGGUAAUUCGGAAUUCAUGACUCACAGCUUUAUAGCUGAGUUUAGCAAAUCUUGCUUUUAUUUAAUUUGUCCAGCAACUGCCUUGUGUUGCAGAACUCUGGCAUACUGCUUCCAAUGAGGCUAUCCCAGAAUAUGAUAUCUGCUUCAUCAUUUAGGAGUCACCUGCCACUGCUGUUGAUACAUCAUGAUCAACUGAUAAAGUUUAUAUGGGGGGAGGUUUUGAGGGUUAAGUUAGCAUCUGUGUGAUUAAUUGAAGGAAAUACCACACAUGGGAGAAGUAAAAAUAUAACUGUCUAUCCCUCAACUUUCCUGGAAACAACCCAGCAAUUAAAACUAAAGCCCAUGGAUUAUUUCUUGCAUUUUUGCGUACAUAAGGCAGAUUUUAAAAGUGACUUUUUAUAUUAAAUGAAAACUUCCACCAGACAAUUGUAAAAAUAAUUAUAGUUACAAGGGGAAAUCCAUUAAACGACGAAUAAAGGCAUGAAAUAUGAGUGGAGAGGAAUGGAUGUCUAUGCCACUUGUAUAUUAACCUAAGCAAAUAAUAGAGUAACAUUUCCUGUGAUUUCAUAAAAUGUUGACCAACCAAAUCAUAAACAACUGAAUUCAAAAUCAGUUAGAAAAUUUACCAUUUUCUAGGCCUGUCCAGCAGAAGAGAACUUCUCUUGAAAUGUGAUUUGUCAUUAGUGCACACAGGAGAUUGUCCAUUUAGAAAUAUGACCAUUAAAAAGUCAUACAGAUCCUAGUGAUGGAGCUCAAUGCUUUAUUCAAACUAGCUUUCCAGCUGUUUGUUGCCUAAUGGAGUAGAAAUGCUGAGGUCAACAAGUAGUCUGAAGUCUGGCAUAUUAUACGCCCACUCAUUAUUGUCUAAUUACAUUCUUUUGACAUCAGGCAGCAUUUAUCAGUGCAUUAAUUCAAAUGGGAGUUUUGGCUAUCAAGAUUUGUUGAUUUGAAGUGUAAUUGAAUGAAACCUGAUUAAGGUCUUGACUUCUCUGGCCCCAUUGUUCCACAGGUUGGCAGUUCACAUUUAUCAACCCUUGUCUCCCCAUAUGGCUAAGAGCUGCACCAAGUGGCUGGUGAACAACACUAAAAAAACCAAACAAAAGCAGCAUACAUUGUAUGGAUUAUCUCAACUGCUAUUGUUUAAUGGCUGUGUUUAAUGUGACCUAUCUGGAAAAUGAGGACUACGAAUAAAAAGCAAUUACUAAUA